CCCUUCGACCACCUUUUCGCGCCGGUCCUGCUGCUAUUGUUCUCCCUCCGGCACUGCCGCAGCUAUGAUCGGGCAGAAGACGCUACAUUGUUUCUUCAGCACCGCACCGCCGAGGAAACGCAGCCGCUCUCCAGAGCCUGGCGGUGGUACUGAGGACGAUGCCGCUAAGAGGCAGAAAACCUCGGAUCGUGAAGCGGGCAGGGCCUCAGCGCUGAGCCCUGAGCAGCUGGAGCGGAUGCGCAGAAACAAAGAGUUGGCGCUGCGGCGGCUGAACGAGCGCAACGUUCCUCCGGGCUUCGGGGAGAGCUGGCGGCGGCAGCUGGCUGCAGAGUUCACCAAGCCCUACUUCGUGGACCUGAUGGCAUUCGUAGCCGAGGAGAGGAAGAAACACACGGUGUACCCGCCUCCGGAGCAGGUCUUCACCUGGACACAGAUGUGUGACAUCAGGGAUGUAAAAGUUGUAAUUUUGGGACAAGAUCCUUAUCAUGGACCUAAUCAAGCUCAUGGGCUCUGUUUCAGUGUCCAGAAACCUGUUCCACCUCCCCCCAGUCUGGAAAAUAUUUACAAAGAGCUGUCUACUGAUAUUGAAGACUUCACCCAUCCUGGUCACGGUGAUCUGACUGGCUGGGCCAAGCAGGGUGUGCUCCUGCUCAACGCUGUCCUCACGGUGCGAGCCCACCAGGCCACAUCCCACAAGGAGAAGGGCUGGGAGCAGUUCACAGAUGUGGUGGUCUCCUGGCUGAACAAGAACCUGCACGGUGUUGUUUUCAUGCUGUGGGGAGCUUAUGCUCAGAAGAAGGGCAGCUCUAUUGACAGGAAACGCCACCAUGUCCUGCAGACGGUUCACCCUUCCCCUCUGUCUGUGAACAGAGGGUUUUUUGGCUGUCGGCAUUUCUCCAAGACAAAUGAGCUCCUAAAGAAGUCCGGCAAGAAGCCCAUUGAUUGGAGAGCGCUCUGAGCUGUGAGCAUCAGCUCUGGGGCCAGAUGGGUGCAAACAGCCCCUGUUGGAAGGGCUGUCUGGUUUCUGAGAAACUUCUGCUGACCUGAGGAUUGUCCUUUGGAUGUCAAUCAAGGAACAAAAGGCCUAACUCUAAGAGACUUGGGUUUUAUUCCAGAGCAAAUUUGAAUGACUUGUCUGCUUUUGGAAGGGAUCUCAGCCUGGCUUGAGGCAAAGCAAAACAGUUUCAUGUUAGUUUGUUUGGUUUUUAUUCUGGAAUGUUUUUUUGAGGGCCUUGUGAAGGGGUGUGAAUUCUUGCAGGUGAAGCUGCUCAGCUGCUGUACAUAGCCUGCCUUGCUUCUCCCCUCUCCCCUGCAUCCUGCUGUACAAAUCUGUCCUGCUGUACAAAUCUGUGUUUCUUAGUGGAUGGGAGUGGAACUGGAGUCCCUGGUCCCCACUGGAGCCAAGGCCGACUUAAAGGCAUAUCACCAUCAGAGGCUUUAUAUGGUGUGUCACUGAGGUUUCAGGGUUAACCAGAUGAGCUCCAUGAUACUGAGGGACGUUCCUGCAGAUCUCACUGCCACUUCCAGCAGAGAUACCGGUCCAUCAAGCUGCCAAGUGAUGGGCUGAAUGUUUCAGAAUAUUUACGAUCUUAAAUCUUAAUACAGAGAUACUUCUGUGCUUUGCCUUCCUAGGAGAAAGUUAUUUGCUCUGAGGCCAGAAAUCUGUUGGCUCUUCCUGGCUGAAUGUGAGAGCUCUGGGUGUCCAGUCCUGCUUUGUUUCCAUGUUUUCUUAUAAUGAAAGUGCCUUGUUCAAAAGUUGCAUUUUAAAACCUUGUAUUUGCUCCAGGAGGUGGCACUAAUUGGUGGAGCUUCCUUCACAUCUGUUGGGGUUUGGUGUGUGUUUUUCUUUUUU